GGUCAUUUCGAGGUCGUUUCAGUAUCACUAGUUGUGUCUGAUCACAGAGAGAGCUGAACUCCGCAAAAUUAUCGAAACUCGAAACCCUUUUCCUUUCUGAAUUAGGAAUUACACACUCAUUCAUGCCACUCUCGUUGAAAUCAUAAACUCCAAAAAAAAAAAAGACUACAAGGGUUCGAGUUUAUACCAGUUGAAGAAACAUGAAGGGCCAUGAAGCAAAGAUGCCAAGAAUGGAGGAUAUUUUAAGCCUUCCAGUGCAAGAUCCUCCUUGUGCUGAGUUUUCUGCUGCUCAGAUAAAGUGGGUAAAAGUAGAAGGUGGUCGCCAAGGUGGUGAUGAUAUUGCUCUCAUUCCUUUUGCUAGAGUGGACGAUUUUGUAAAAGGAGAAUCUUCUAAUGCUGAAUGUCCCGCUAGUUUCCGCAUUGAGUCAAGAAGGAAGAGACCUGAAGGGAGCAUCAGCAAACCAAGGGUCGAUGGCUAUCUCGAAUACACAUUAUACUGGUGUUCUUAUGGUCCCGAAGACUACCGAGACAGUGAGUCCGGGAUGGGAGAUGGCUCAAACAUCAAGCCUGCAUCAGGGAAAGGGAGCAGGCCAGGGAGGCGUCACAUGAUGAGAGGCUGCCUUUGCCAUUUUACUGUAAAACGAUUAUAUACCCGCCCCCUCCUAGCCCUCAUCAUCUAUAAUCAAAGAAAGCAUGUAGAUAAAUCAGGGGCCCCAUGUCAUGGGAUACUUGAUCAGGAUGCUGUAGGGACACGAGCUAUGUAUGCUCCACGAAUCUCAGAAGAGUUACGGCAGAAAGUGAUGUCUAUGCUUUAUGUUGGAAUAUCUUUGGACACUGUAAUUCAGCAUCACGUGGAGGUGGUGCAGGGACAUGGUGGACCCCACAAUCGUGAUGAUUUUCUCACUCGAAAUGAUGUUCGUAACAUGGAAAGGCUUAUUCGUAAUUCUUCACAUGAGUUAAAUGCAAGUGAUGAAUGCAGUAUAAAGGUGUGGGUCCAACGCCAUCAAAAGCAUGUUUUCUACUUUCAGGAAAAUUCUGGUUCAGAACCAUUUAUCUUGGGGAUACAGACAGACUGGCAGCUGCAACAGAUGCUCCUUUAUGGACAUAAUGGUUCGAUAGCUUCUCAUUCAACAUUUGGCUUGAAGAAGCUUAAGUAUCCCCUCUGUACUUUACUUGUUUUUGACUCAACCCACAAUGCAAUUCCAGUUGCUUGGGUCAUUACCUCUUCUUUUGUUGGUCAAGAUGUCCAUAAAUGGAUUGGAUUACUUGCUGAAAGAGUCCAUACCAAGGACCCCAGAUGGAGACUCAAUGCCUUCUUAGUGGAUGAUCCUUCUUUUGAGGUUUCCAUGAUAAGAGAGGUUUUCCAAUGCCGAGUCCUAUUAUGUGUCUGGCAUAUUCGCCGUGCUUGGAUGAGAAGUAUUUUAAAAAAAUGCUGUAACUUUGAUGUACAGCGAGAAAUGUUUAAGCAUUUAGGCUGGAUUUUAUAUUGCACAAGAAAUGGGCCAAAUGCUAUGGAUGCGAUUGAAGAGUUUAUGCAAGUAUUUGUUGAUCAACGUGCCUUUAUGGAUCAUUUCAAGAUCCGGUGGUUGCCAACCAUAGAGUUGUGGGUUAAUGGUGUAAGGUCUCUUCCUGUGGCCAGUCCAGAGCCCCACGCUGCAAUUGAGUCGUAUCACCUUAGGUUAAAAUCUAAGCUUUAUAAUGAGCAGCAUGCCAAUUCCUGGGCAAGAGUUGACUGGUUGAUCCACUUUUUGACAACUGAAUUUCACUCCUCAUAUUGGUUAGACCAAUACAGUGUGGAGACUGGGUAUUUUGAAAAUUUGAGGGACAAAUCUUUCUUAACCAAUGCUUGGUUUCACGCUGUACACAUUGCUGAUGUUGAUGUGAUAUUGGACGAGCAAAAUCUUGAGCUUGCAAAAGUCAUCUCUCAAACAGAUAGAAGCCUGGCAUAUACAGUUUGGAAUCCUGGUUCAGAAUUCUCCCUCUGUGAUUGCCCCUGGUCAAGAGUGGGAAAUCUCUGUAAGCAUGUUAUCAAGGUGGCAAUUUUAUGUAAAAAUCGGCAGGUUGCAAGACCAUUAUUGGCUGCUCAAGUUUAUCGGCAGACCUUGGUUUCCCUUCUGCAGAAUCCCCCAGAUGAUCCUCUAGUUCUAGAGCAUGCCAUUUUACAUGCAACCCGCUUGCAACAGGACAUCAAAGGUUUGGAAGACUUGUCUAAUAAUGGGUUACUCCAGCCAUUACCUCCUGAGAUUAAUUCUCAACUGGCAGAUAAUGUUCUGCUUUUUCCGCGUCUUCAUUGAGCAGACCAUUGAACAGGUACCUCUUGCUGCCUUAAUGAAAGCUCAAAUUGAACUUCCUCCCCAGGUAAGUACAGAGUGGAGGGUGUGAUCUUGAGUUCAAAACCCACAGGGUGUGUUUUACUUUUCGCUUAAAAAAUGAAAAUUCUAUUCCAUAAACCUAAAUGCGUUUCAUAUCUUCUCAGCUUAUGCAUUCUCCUAUCUUUUUCUCUUCUGAUCAAUUUUCUUGGUGAACUGUAGCUUCUUGACUUUCUGACUGCAGUAAACAUCAAGGCAGAUUCCAUGGUUGGUCAUCUUUAAUUUUGGUAACUGACCAAGUCAGGGAAUCAGCAUCUUUUAAAAAAAAAAAUUGGGCUAAGGUUGGCUACCAAUCACCUCUCCGACACCCUGCAAAAUUGGGAGCUUUGUGCAUUGGUGGAUCUGCUGCAUCACAUGGAGCAAUUGUGAGGAAUGAACAAAAUUCAAUUACAAUGGAAUGGAUGGUACAAACUCCUCCAGCUUUUCAUACUUUCGGAGAACUUCUGGCUAUCAAGGAAGGGGACAAAUUAGCAGAGACAUCAGACUGCAUACCUGUCAUUUCAGAGGCAAGGAAAGACCCACUCUCUACUCUCCCCUCGGAAAGGCUACUAUUCCUUGUUGCAGCUUUCACUGUAUGCAUUUCUAGGUGAAAUGGAAAGAGUAGUGGCGGGCUUGUAUUUAUUCAACCUCAUUGACUGUGGCCCUUCCUUUCUCCAGGUGCUUGUUUCCUACCCACCUAUGCUUGCGGGUUAGGAUCAAGGGUUGCCCUAGAGGACUGGAUCAUGAAACUUGUGGCAACAAGGAUCUACUUUUGGAGUCCACAUCAAGAGAGAAAAAGUUAAAAACUCUCCCUUUUAGCAGCCAAAGACCUCUGAUCUCUACCACAGGCGCCAAAGAAGAAUGAGAAGCCCCAAAAAUAGCAAAAAGGAACAGCUGGAGUGCAGACAUCUUAUCACUAAACUAGGUAGAAGCUAUUGCUUUGGGUCAAAGCACUGAAAAAAAGGACCUGGAAACAUAGCGUCAGGUAAGAACUUGGAGAAGGCACAACUCUAAAGGAUCAUCUUCGAAUUACUGAAAAAGGAAAAUGUGAAUCCAACUCUAGAAUCCCAAGCUGGUACUAGUUUGUACCUCAUUCUACUAUUAGAUAGUACUGAGCAAGACUUAUUUACAUGACAUUUUGGAAGCAUUUUAAAGGAAGGACCUUGUGGAAGUUAGACAUGACAACACAGUUCAACCUGCUCAGUAAUUAAAAAAACUUUGCCAGGAUACUUAAAAACCCCUGGCUCAUGGCCAUUGGAAGUCUUUUUUCAUCACAGAAAUUAUUUCUCAACACAUUUUUCCAUUCAUAUGUGGAUGUUUUGACCUUGAAUUUGGAUUUUGAAUAUAAGUAAAUAAAAUUCUGUGCAGGUUGCAGGCUGUUGAGCCACUAAGGUGUGAAUUGGAUGUCUAACUACCCUGCAGAAGCAAGCAAAUUUUUUCCUACAAGAAUGUAUUUAGAUGGCCCUUGAUUAUAUCAUUUUCACGUUGUAAGUAUUAAUUUAUUGUAGUUUUCUUUGGGGAAACAAUUUUAACAUUGGAAUGAUACCGCAUAUGUAUCACACAAUUUCAUUUCUAAUAAAUUGCAUACUAUUUCUUUUUCUUGGUA